AUGCAUGUGCGUAUUGUCUCUGCGCAUCACAUCGACGCAGAAAUUAGGGGUGCACCUGGUGAACCGUGGUGGAGAAUAACAGGGUUCUAUGGUCAUGCAAGGACAGGAGAUCGUGGGGAUUAUUGGCAACUUCUCCGUGAUUUGGCUGAUUUAGAUUCUCUUCCUUGGGUGAUAAUUGGCGACUUUAAUGAAAUACUGAACAAUAGUGAGAAGUUAGGAGGGCCUUUGCGUAGUGAAAGACAGAUGCGGGGUUUUCGUGAUGCAUUGGGAUAUGGUGAUCUUGCUGAUCUAGGGUUUCAGGGUGCAAAGAUGACCUGGUGGAAUUCUGAGACUCAAAUACGUUUGGAUCGAGCAGUUGGUACCUCUACAUGGAGUGACAUCUUUGGUUAUUCAAGGGUGAAGCACUUGUCGCCCAGUGAUUCUGACCACGUUCCCAUUCUGUUACAAGCUAGUUCUAUACCUCUGCCCAAGCGUCCUAAGCGGCACAGUUUUAAAUUCGAGUCCUUUUGGUUGCAGCACCAAGAGUGUGAUCCUCUUGUGUUAUCUAAUUGGAAAGCAGAAGAUGGAGGUGCUCCUAUGUUUGUACUAACAAGAAAGAUCAUUAACACGAGAUGUGCCUUGGAAUCUUGGCAGCAUGAUACAUUUAGACUGCGUCAAAAUCAGAUGGUGGAUAUUCGGAGCAGAUUGGAAGCAUUUUGGAAGCAAUGGGCCAAGGUUACUUGGUUGCAAGAGGGUGAUAGAAAUCCGGGUUUCUUUCACAGGAAGGCAGCUAAUCGGAAGCGUAAAAAUAUUUUGUUGGGACUGUUUGAUCAUGAGGGGCAAUGGAAAGAUGAUGAUGAAGGUAUGGAGAAUAUUGUGACUUCAUAUUUUUCAAAAAUGUUUACUGCCACUGAUCUUGAUGUUGACGCAAUUAAUCUGACCUUAGCGGCAAUUCAGCCGUGUGUUACUAGUGAUAUGAAUCAAAAGCUAUGUGCCCCGUAUUCAGAAGAAGAGGUCAAGUGUGCUUUAUUUCAGAUGUACUCGACGAAAUCUCCUGGCCCUGAUGGUAUGCCUCCAUUGUUUUUUCAGCAUUAUUGGGAGGAUAUUGGGAAAGAUGUUACUGAGGCAGUGCAGAAUCCUGAGAAUAUGGCAGACUUACGACCUAUUGCACUUUGUAAUGUUAUUUACAAACUUUGUUCUAAAGUAAUUGCAAACAGACUGAAGGUUUUCUUACCAUAUAUUAUUUCUCCUUUUCAGAGUGCAUUUGUGCCUGGGAGACUGAUCACGGAUAAUAUCCUAGUGGCUAAUGAAGUAGCUCAUUUUGUCCAUAACAAAAGGGAAGGUCAAGUUGGGUAUAUUGCUUUGAAGUUAGAUUUGAGCAAGGCCUAUGAUCGUAUGGAAUGGGCAUUUUUGCGCAAGGUUUUGGAGAGAUUUGGCUUUGCUUCUACAUGGAUAGAUGUUGUUAUGCAAUGUGUUUACUCUGUGAGGUACUCUUUUCUGGAUAGAGGGAAGCCUAAAGGCCUGGUUAUUCCAACUAGGGGUUUGAGACAAGGGGAUCCAUUAUCACCCUAUCUGUUUCUUAUUGGUGCAGAAAGCUUCUCGGCAUUGUUACAACAAAAGCAACGGUUGGGGUUAUUACCUGGUAUUGCUAUUUGCUCUGGAGCACCAUCUGUCAAUCAUUUGUUAUUUGCAGACGAUAGUAUGCUAUAUGCUCAAGCUACUCCGGAAGCUUGUUUUCAGAUCAAAGAUGUUAUACAGACAUAUGGAAGGGCUUCAGGUCAGGUGGUUAACUUUCAUAAAAGCUCUGUUGUGUUUAGUAAGAAUGUUGCAGAUUGUGAGCAAGAUAGAGUGGCUAAUCUGUUGGGUGUUGAAGUGGUGGAGUCCCAUGAGAGAUACUUAGGUCUUCCUACUUACAUAGGAUGCAAGAAAACAGCUACCUUCCUUUAUAUAAAGGAGAGGUUAGCUGAAAAACUGAAGCAUUGGCAAGGCAAGAUGUUGAGUGGUGCUGGUAAGGAUAUUUUGAUCAGGGUGGUGGCUCAAGCUCUCCCUAAUUAUGCUAUGAGUGUGUUUCAAUUGACAAAGAAUUUUUGUGAAGAUCUUGAGCAUAUGUGUGCUAGAUUUUGGUGGGGGAGUACAGAUGAUAAACGUAAAAUACAUUGGAAGAAAUGGGAUGAUUUGUGUCAUGCCAAGGAAGAGGGUGGCUUGGAAGAACAUGUUACUCCUUCUUAUUCUUGGCGUAGCAUUUUUUGUACUCGAAAUUUAUUGAUUGAAGGUGCUCCUUGGCAAAUUGGGAAUGGAAAUAAUGUUCUCAUGUUGCGGGAUUCUUGGAUUCCUAAUACUAUUACUCAUAAACCACAGCUGUUGGGACCGGUGCAAGAUAAUUUGGCCAAGGUGAAUGCAGAAGCUAUUCUAGCAAUUCCUUUGAGUGCUAGAAGUCCGGAUGAUAGAUUGACUUGGCAUUUGGGGAAACAAGGUAUGUUUACUGUCAAAUCUGCAUAUCGUCAUGCUUUCUCUAAAAAUGCAUCUACUCUUUCUCUUUCUGUUGUGAGUAAUCAAAGAGUGUGGAAGAAUAUUUGGCAUGCCAAGAUCCCUAGCACGGCAAAGGUUAAUGCUUGGAGGAUUUGUCAUAAUAUUCUGCCUACUCUAGACAGAUUGCCAUCAAAGAAUGUUAUUUUAGAAUCUCAGAGUUGUGUUUUUUGCAAUGAGGUGGAGACAAUUAUUCAUCUUACCAGAGAUUGUGCUUUCACUAGAGAAGUGUUGUCUACCAAUUUGCAAAUUGCUGGCAGUUGUUUUGGGGGGGAUUCUGAUCAGAUGGAUGCUCUUAAUUGGUUGAAUUUGUGUGUUAGGAAGUUAUCAAAAAUAGACUAUGAUCAACUCUUGCAUUUUAUUUGGGGAAUUUGGAAAGAAAGGAAUGAUAGGGUAUGGGAAAACAAAAUCACUUUAGCUCGUGAUAUAGCUCUCAUUCCGAGCUCUGGCAAAGCAGCAAUUGGUUUCUUAGUCGGUGACUCUCAAGGGAAUUUUUUGGGAGCAGUGGGGAAGGUAGUUACUCGAGUUCAGUCUGCUGAACAUGUCGAGCUCUUGGCUUGUAAGGAAGCAUUUGGUUAUGUGAUGGAACAUGGUCUAUGUCCAGUAAUUUUGGAGACUGAUUGUUUGGUUUUGAAGCAACAAGUGUGUCAGGAGGAGCUGCAAAAUUAUUCUAUUCUUGGAAGGUUAUAUGAGGACCUCAGACAAGAUUUGAAAGAGGUGAACCAAGUUAGAAUUAUUCAUGCUAGAAGAGAGGCAAACAUGGCUACGCACAAAUUGGCAGCUCAUGCUGCAGAUUUUGAUCAAGCUUUCUUUUGGUCUAAUAUUCCUUCCUUCAUUCAAGAUCGAUGUAAUAGAAUCUAA